AUGUCAGUGGUUGUUGUUGCGACGAGAGGCAUCGCACCUUCACAGACGGACAUCUGGGAGCCAGCUAUGGCCCUCGCAGUUUCUGAUGCUAUCCGACCGGAGUCCCGCUUUGUUGUUGAGUCGUUAUCGCAACAAGGCGUUGAUGUAUGGAUGCUUUCGGGUGACAACCCAACAACAGCCUGUGCCGUCGGCGCUAUGGUUGGCAUACCACAGGAUCAUGUCAUUGCAGGUGUACUUCCACAGCAGAAAGCCGAGAAGAUCCAGUAUCUCCAGAGGAGCCAGGUGGCGAAGAGAUCGCGAUCCUUCUUGGGGUUUGGAAGGGCAAGUUCGGAGCGCCGAGCGAUCGUGGCGAUGGUUGGUGCCGGCGUGAAUGAUUCGCCCGCCUUGACCGUUGCGGAUGUCGGUAUUGCCUUGGGAUCUGGUUCGGACGUGGCAAUAUCUUCAGCGGACUUUAUCCUCGUCAACCAAGACACGACAACGAUGCUGACGCUGGUCAGCCUCAGCCGAUUGGUCUUCCGAAGAGUCAAAUUCAACUUCGCCUGGGCUCUCAUCUACAACCUUCUGGCUCUGCCUAUUGCUGCGGGAGUCUUCUACCCUGUGCGUAGCAAUGGAAGCCAUGUCAGGUUGGAUCCUGCUUGGGCCAGCUUGGCGAUGGCCCUGAGCAGUAUCAGCGUGAUCUGCAGCAGUCUAUUGAUGAGAAGUAGGCUGCCAAUUGUGGGGUUCAGAGCGAUGAAGCUUGGAAGGGGAGAAUCGUAA